AGUCCAGUUAAAGGUGCGUCCAGCCCGUACGACCCCCACAAUUUCGAUGAGUUCUAUGCUGACGAAUAUGGCGGAUGGGGAGGUCAGCAAAGAGACAAUGGCCGAGGUGGGGAUAGAAAUGGAAGUUCCAAUUUCCAGAGGCCCAAUCAGAGAGGAGGGAGUAACCAGGGAGGACCUAGAGGAGGUGGAGGUGGACCCAGGGACGGACCCAGAACUGGUGGUCUCAGAGAUGGAGGCCCACGUGGCAUGGGCCAGGGAGGUCCCAGGGGAGGCGGCGGUAUGAGAGACGACUCGCAAGGACCAGGAAAUAGGGGAAGGUUCAACAAUAACGGACCGUCACCGAAUAGGGGAGGCGGAUCUUUCGGGAACAGGUCCAACAUGGGCGACAGACCCAACAAUCGACCUUCAAACAAUUUUAAUUCUGGAGGGAACAACUUCAACAACAGGUCUAACACGUCGAACGGUUGGACAGGGUCUCCAUUUACACAGCCUCCCCCUAGUUUCAACCAGACACCGAUGGUGAGUCCCCCUGGACCUAUAGGGUUGUCUGGAUCGCCUGGAUCCGGUGGGAAGACUCAGACUCAGGUCACCAUACCCAAAGAUCUUGCCGGAGCAAUAAUAGGAAAAGGAGGUGGUAGAAUCAGGAAAAUUCGCCAGGAUUCCGGAGCAGGCAUCACCAUAGACGAGCCGUUGCCUGGAUCGAACGAUCGCAUCAUCACCAUCAGCGGAACAGCAAACGAAAUCCAAAUGGCUCAAUAUCUACUACAGCAAAGCGUCCAUCAAAAUGCAGAAAGAAACAACUAUUAGGGAUGGGCUUGGAGU